UUUUUCGCUUCGAUAAUAGGCUUGCGAGACCAGGCCUAUCUUUCCAGACAAUCCCCUUUCGUCAUAAGUACUGAAUAGUAGAUGGUUGGGAUAGAGUCUAUAGGUAGUAUGAUUGUUGAAACUCCUAACGUGGAAGGGCAUAUAAUAAAUAAGAGAACGAGCGUGCACGGCUGAGGAGCUGCUUGUUGUGGUGCGAUAUACUCCGUGAUGGCUUGGCCCCCUUCUUAUCUGCCAGGUACAGUCCAGUACCUACUAUUCUUGAAAGCUACCCAUCCAAGGCCUGCACUUCCAGACUUCACUCCCAGAUCCAAGCAUCCAGCGUCAACAGAAUACGAAAAAAAACCAAGGUUAUGGCAGUUUCAAGUCUCCAGAAAUCCCAAACACCAUAACACCCCCUCCAAUUUGCCACUUGCACCCUUAAUGAACACCUACAGCCAACCAGCAAUAGCAACGUCAACCUUAACCCAAACCUUUUGCAACGUACAAGCCUAUAAAACAACUCCUCUCAUUCUCAGCCAAGUCCCAAGAAAAAGGUACAAAUUCCGCAAAGAGUGGCCAGCCUUAACCACGUGGCAACUCAUUUCCUUCUCCUUCAGCCACAACUCGGACUUUCGGAGCUCAUCGCUUCUUCCGUCCGUUCUUCCGAGGGACAAAAGGUCCGAUGGGCUUAAGUCUAACUUCUACGUGUGGGAAGCGUGGCAGCGUAACUUUGGCCUAUGUGGCAUCGGAGUCGGAGUGAGGGAAGACGGGCAGGAUGGAAGGAUGGAUGGAUGGUUGGAAGAGGGGCGCAUCGGCCCCCCCCUUCCCUCCUUUGUGGGAGACUUUUCUCAUUUGGUGUACUCCGUAUAGGAUAUGGAUAGACAUUGGACAGGAUUACGGAGUAACUGCAGUAUGAGAAGCGGGGAAAGGCCAUUGACUACCUUAGGUACAGUACAUACAUAAAUGUCUCCGGACGGAGAUAGGUACCAGUAAGGUUCGGACAAUUAUGUGUCAGCCGCCUUCUUUUUUCUUUUUCUAAUGGCGCGCAUGGGCAAGAUUAUCCGCCCUGGGCUUUUCUUUUGGACCGGGAUUUGCUUGC